AAGUAUUGUCCGGAAUCCAUUUUUUGGUUAUGCUUUCUGUAGUACUGCUUUUUGUUGGUGCUUGCAUAAUCCACCACAAUCACUUUUCCGGCCUUUGUAGUACUCUCGUUAUCUGACUUGCAUCGUUAAAGGGAGUUCUCUCUUGAAAACACACAAAAAAACAAAACAAAAUGGUACAACUUUUCGGUUACGCAAGAAAACAAUCGGACAGCGGCAAAGCUUUUUGAGUGGUCUCAACCAAAAAUUUGCGUUACCGAUGUACAAUUGGUAAUGGGGUGUGGGAUUUUUUUCCCCCCACUGUAAUUCCUUCUUAAUCAUGAUUCGCAUUUUGUGAUGGUUGUUGUGCACGGUAAACAAAAAAUUAAUCAUCAAAUUUGUUCAAACAAGUUGGGCUUCCCCGUGGACGAUUAAAAGAAUUCAGUUUGUUGAUGAAAACAUGGGAAGAGGGGGGACGCAGUCCGGCAAAUAUCACGGGCAAGGCUUCAACACCCCGGCGGGUUCGUAAAACAGCGUUUAACAACAAGGUGCAAUCAAGGGCUUAAAAAUAAAUAUCAUUAAGGGUUGGUCGGACGAACGGCAACAAACCUAAACGGAAACGUGCACAAAGGUGGGCGAAGGUGCCAGAAUGUUAUUUUUUCGCGAACUACAAAGAACCCCUUUUUUCCCUCAUUUCGAAUAUUGAUUGAUGGGUUUCGAUGUAAAGCAAUUAGUAGUUGCUACAAAAAAAAAAUGGAAUUCUACCUAACCAUUCAUUUUAAAUUGUUUGAAGCAAUGAUCAGAAGAUAAUGGAAAUACGGAAUAUCCAUGGAACAAAAAGUGCAAUGGAUGAAUGGAAGAAUAUUAGCAUACUGUAGAGGAAAAAAUACAUCAAAAUAACUCAAUAUGUUAAUCCCGUUUAUAAUACACCUGACUUAAAAAUAACUUGUUCACGAAAUGUAUGACUCAGAAAAGAGUUUGAGGCUGGCUACCGUGUGUUUGGAACACUUUAUCCUCGAUUAAAUAGUCAGCUCGAAAAUUCCAAUCAUCGAUGACCAAGUCUGAAUCAUUAUUGGCAUUAGUAUCCAAAUGAAUUUACUUGUAAUACGAUUUUUUAUCAAUUUCUUGAAUGGAUCAGUAGUUCUACUAACUGAAAUUGAACCAAUCCAGUAUAAAGCAUUAUUUUCUCUUCUUUGAAACAUACUUAUUGGAACGCAAUUGGAACGUCCUAAGGAUUUUUUAUCCUUAUGUCCUUACUGUAGAGGCCGAUUCUGGUGAUAACUGAUGCACAGUUACUAACUUACAUUUGUUGUAAUGCUGAUUUAUUUCUAGAAUAUUCGAUAUUUCUCCAUAAUUACUAAAUUUAUGCCACAGAGGGGCAGCCCGGUGAUGUAUAAAACGGCACCGGUCUCUACACGACAGAAACGGGUAUCGAAUCUCAUCCCGACCGUAUCCCUAUAAGUAGGACUGUUCACGAAAGCCAGUAAUGGCAGGUUAAGAUCGGUUGAAGUUGUAAUGUCACAAACGAAAAACUAUAGAACCUCCAACAAAGUUAACAGAUUUUAAAUGUUUAAAUGAUUUUUUAUGGCUCAAUUCCGAAAACACUGGCCAUGCAUUAUUAUGUCACUUGUUUAGCAUGCGUUCAACAUUCAUCACCAAUUCCGGUCUAAAGUUAACGUUUAUUGCCUACGCACAGAUCUGCUCUGUUCCCUAUUCAUUGAGCGCAAUUGCUAGCGACCCAUCGUUCGAUUCUCACUUAACAUUCAUUGAUAAACAAAACUGCAUACUGUCCCAAUUUAAAUUCCAACUCCCCCCUUAUGUUUCCCCCCCUUCCUGCCAUUACAGCAUUCUUCUAACGGUUCCGGUCACUGGUCAGCUCCCACUCAGCCUACAGAAUCUCGUCGUUGAGAAUGUUGCCAUCGGUGAGUGCGCUUUCCGACAAUCAGCCGCAGGCCAACUGCAAGGCCCGGCCAGUCCGUCCAACCUUAAUAGCAACCGUCCCGUGUGUAUCUUCACACCGCCAAACCGUACAGUGUGCUUCCGUGGAAUUGAAACGAAACGGUUCCAGGCCGGAGGCAAAUUUAAUCUCACUCGAUGGCUGAUACUGUGCGAUUGGCCACUAAAAACGUUCGAUCCACUCAUACUGAGUCGGUUGGUGCCGCGUAUUGAAAGGUUAGCCAUAACGGGGCGAACAUUACAGCGGUUGGUACAUGAUUUUCCGGCCUUGCCGUACCUGCGGAUGGUCAACAUCACCGGCACCCGAUUGAAUCAUACCGGUGUGAAUGCAUUCCUCGAACUGGAGCGAUUACAGGUGCUCAACCUACGGGGGAACGAACUGGAACAAAUACAACCGUACCGGUUCCGCAGCGGUCACGUGGAGGUUUAUUUGCAGGGUAAUUUGUGGAACUGUACCAACGACAUGAUAUGGUUGCUGAAGGAACAAUCGCGCCAAUACGUGGACAAACCAACGCUGGUGUGCAAAGAUUGGAAGUACACGGGACGACCCGUUCUUACCGCGAUGGAGUACAAGCGUGUCGUUCGCGAAAGCUGUCUUCACGAAGAAAUCUGGAACUGCAGCUGCCACGUGUCCUAUCUGCGGUUGAGCGAUAACGGGCUUUCCUUCCAUCCCAUGAUCAUGGUUAAUUGUAGUGAUCGAGGAUUCUAUCAGCUACCACAGUACCUGCCCGGUAACACAACCGUACUGGACAUAUCGCGCAAUAAGCUACAAACAGUUGACAGUUUGACAACGAACGAACACUACCAGAGCGUGCAGGACAUUUACCUGGAUGAAAAUCGGAUCACCACGAUCGACAUUCUGGAGGAUACGAUAUGGUUGGAUAAUUUCCGCAUCCUCAGUUUACGGCGCAACCGUCUGAAUCGGAUACGCGUGUACAGCGUUGAGCAUGCGAUCGAAAGAAACCCGGGCGUGGGUAAGCUCUAUCUGUCCAACAAUCCGUGGCGCUGCGGGUGUCGCUUUGCGAUACGAUUCCAGCGAUUUUUGCGCAAGCACGAAUCGCUGGUGGCGGAUUCGCGGAACAUUACCUGCUACUUUAUCAACGACGACGAUGGCCGGAAGCAGUAUCUACCGGUGCUGACGGUAACGCCAAAUGAUAUUUGCCGAGCAUCGGAGCAUAAUACCGCUGCAUUCUACAAUACGCUCAGCAUCAUUUUCGCAUCGCUAAUUGUACUGAUAUUCACGAAGUUGGCGUACGAUUACUAUCACUACCGGAAGUAUGGUAAGCUUCCUUGGUUAAUUAUGAAGAUGCCCUGAUGUUUACCGGUGGCAUCGCUUUCGCGACAGGAACAAAUGUACUUAAGGUAGUGGAUGUAUUAGUAACAAAUCUAAAAAAUUGAUUGUGAUAGUUAUGCGGUACGAAUCUACGUUAAAAACGACCCAAAGCGAGUAAAAAGAAACAGCACACAAAUCAGGGAAUCUGGCUGAUCUUUCUCAAAUUUUCUGUAGUGAUAAGAAAAAUAUUAACUUUUAGCAAUAACUAUCGAUAAGCGUGAAUAUUUGUAACGAUCAUUAGCAAAUAAAACUGAUUACUUUAUUAUCUGCUGUUA